AUGGUGGAAACAGUUGCAAGGAAAGAAUCCUUUGCUUUGAAAGAUCUCUGUAAAGGGCACUUAAAAGCCCAUAUUAUAGAAACAGACUCACUGGAUAAGAAACUGCAUGGAGGGCAUUUAUACUAUCUUGCACACGCAGAAAGGUGUUUGAAUGAAAGUAUAGAGUGCACAUCGAAUAUAGAGGAUGUUGAUGAUAUGAAAUGCAGCUGUAUAGAUUAUUUGGUGUUUUUAAAGGGCGCGCUGACUAAUGACAAGCUGGUUUGGAAUAAGCUAGUCAAAGUAAUAAAAAAAGUGCGCGAACUUAAAACAACGCAUGAGUUAAGAGUAGGGUAUGAAACAAUACUACUUUUGGCCAAGCAGAUGAGAAAAGUUACAGAAUCAUCAGGCUUAAUUAAGAGGGGCACGGAAAAUACCACGAAAAUUGAAACACCAGGAUGCAUUCUUAAGGACAAUGAAGAUCUGUUAGUGGAGACAUUAAACAGCAUCAUGAGCAAUUCACAUUUUGUUAUUAGGAAUAUUAUUAAGAAUAUUGUAAAGGAAUUAGUGGGAGGUUGUUUAGAAAGCUCUUUGCUUAAUAAUGUAAAUUGGUCUGUUCAUAAUAGAACAAGUAUUACUUUGUCCAUGAAAUCAGUGAGACUGUCAGCAAGCGAGGGAGAUAUUUUCUUGCUAAAUGAUAAAAAGUCUGGGGAUAAAAUAACAAAGCUUCUUCUAUUAGCAGAUCACAUGCAGUAUGCGAAAAUGCUUCGAGAAGUUGAUUUUACAAGCGUAGGUGCCAGAAACAUUCGCAUACUAUCAAGCAAACUAUCAAAUGCUAUUCGCAGAGAGAUUUUUGCAAUUUUAGUAGAGCACGGCUCGUUAAACUGUGUAUUUUUUACUGAUGCGUGUAGUGUUAUUCCAGAGGAUAUGCAUGAAAAAUGCAUUGGCACAAAAAAUGAAAAUGUAAGAGUUGAAUACUUUGAAAGUCUUCUAAAGGACCAGGCUACUAUUGAAAGCAGGCUAGGCAAAAUAGUGCGGUGGCUGCAGUAUAACCAAAUACUUAUGGCAAAUGAGAACCAGAAAAGAGUCAGGCUGUUAUUCUAUACUGUAGUAAAGGCGAUGCGAUACAAGGUUGUAACUAAGUACAAAUAUUUAGUAGAGAACCAGCUGGAAGACAACAAAAACCAAAAAAGCAUGGUUCUUUUUAAAGAAAUAAUUGAAAUUGUACUGGGGAUGGCUGAAAGCACUAAUUACUGCCGUGUGCUUCAGGGACUGCAUUAUUUGAAAGUUCUGAUUGAAACAAAAGAUGUGCAGGAUCACGUACCAGAGAAAAGAUUCAAGGAAAUAAUACUCAAUGCACUGACAGAGACACACAAAGAAGUGCGGGAGAUAUCUGCAUCGUUCAAAAUGGAUAUAACAGCAAAGCAGAUAGACUCUGCGGUAAAGUCAACUCAAAAUAGCGAGUUGCAUGGAAUGGCUCUUCUUCUGGCAGAUAAUAUAACAGAAAAAAACAGAGACGUAAUUCAGCAGAUUAUGAAAAAUGCGCUUGAAAGGAUUCAGAAUGCACAGGAUUUAUCUAAUGUGCAUAAAGACAUACAUGUGCUUUGGAGUGUAUUCAAUGCACUUCCGGCUGAUCGGAUAUUCUUGGAGGGAAAUCGAAUAAAUCCAGCACACAUAGUGGAAACAAAAAAAGAAAGUCAUUUGGUAUGCCGGGUCUAA